AUGGCUUCUUCUAUGACGAUACAGCUUGCCGCGCAGAACAAUCAGCUGCCCGUCGUCCGAUCUCUCCUUUCUGAGAACCCGAAACUGUUAAACUCGAUAGACGCGGAUGAUCGUACUGCUUUACACUGGGCUGCAUCGACAGGAUCGAAUGAUGUGGCGCGCUUCCUGAUUGACCAGAAGGCCGAGCUUGACAAGCCUGACGGAAGUGGCUGGACUGCCUUGCACAUGGCUGUAAGCGCAGGUCAAGACGAAAUCGUGCGAGAGCUCGUGGGCGCCGGGGCGAACGUCAACUGCAAGAAUGACAAGGGCCUGACGCCACUACACUAUGCGGCGUCAAAGACACGGAUAGAGAUAGGGAAGUUUCUCAUCGAGCGGGGAGCGGAUGUCAAUGCUCGCGACAAAGCCAAUCAACUACCGCUACACCGGGCAGCAACAACGGGUUCCACGGGCUUCAUCCAGCUGUUGCUUAAGCCCGUUGAUGGUGGCGCUAAGCCACGACUGAAUACGGCGGAUCGUAUGGGAAACACGCCUCUACACCUCGCAAUGGAGUCUGCACACGCAGAGGCGGCCGCGAUGCUCAUCGAGGCUGGUGCAGAUCGAACCCGAGUAAACUUGGACGAGCAGACGGCGGAGGAGCUCGAAGGCGUCGGUGGCAUUGAGCAAAGACGAGCUCGGGCAUAUGUGGUCGACCGAUGUGGAAAGGCAGAGUGA